AUGACUUCGUUCGCCUCUCUCAUGGCUCUGGCCGCCAACAACACACGGGAGAGCCAGUUGGCUGUGGAGCAUGCUAUGCAAGAACGCCGCCGAAAGGAGGCUCUUCAAAAGAAACAGCAAGAAGAGAAGGAGGCGAAGGAAAGGGAGUUGGAGAAACAACGGCGAUUGAAGUUUUUUGAGGAGGAGAGGAAGCGGAAAGAGCGUGCGGAGAAGCUGGAGGCUGAACGCAAGGCCAAGGAGGCGGCACUGCAACGGAGGGAGGAAGAACAACGAAAUUCCCUUCUCUACGGCCCCAAGAAGGCUGCGAAAAUGUCGUUGUCGUCGUCGAAUGGCGGCUCUCCCAAGUACCCCAGCCGCGACGGGGCUGCGCGGAAACGGCGGGCUGAUGAGUCAGACAACGAUGGCCCUCAGGGGAUCGUCCUCACACGCGAGGAGAUCCGCGAACGCAAGCUCCAGGCCGAGAUGCGCAGGCAGUUCCAGGGCUCCAAGCGAUCGUCUCACACAGGGCACUACACGAGGGUGGGCAAAACGUUGCCUGGAGGUGCUGUGAACAUCGUCCUCAACCCGGACACUGCAAGCCCCACGCCUCCUCCGCCAGAGCCACCUGCCAACGGCAAGCCCAUUAAAGAGCGGCUGCUGCAAGGCCCAAAUGCUUUGUUGAGGCUCGGAACAGAGAAGAGGGACCAGCGGUCUGUCGACGAAGCCCUGACGGACAUCCGCAUAAAGAUGGGCAAGGCCACUCCCAAGGUGCUUUCUGGCGAGCAGGCACGCAACUUCCAAGACUGGUUCUCCACUUCCAAGAAGGCGUCUCCACCACCACCGGCUUCCGCCACCACCUCUAAUGCUGAAUCCUCGACUCGCAAAGCCACCACACCUGUCCCAUCUGUUUCUAAAUCAGAUUCGUCAAUGCAGAAGAAAGCUAGCUCAAUCUCGCGACCUGCUUCUACGAAACCAAUCCCUUCGACAUCGAAGUUAUCCACCGCCACCUCCCGAGCGAGCUCCUCUGAGAAACAUGUAUCCUCUUCGUCAUCGCAGAGUAAAUACUCCAAGAUCAGCAAAUCAUCCGCUUCUGCGUCCACACAGCGGCCAACUGCACACAAGGCCCAGAGCCGACCCAAGCGGCCUCGGUCACCCAGCCUGUCAGAUUCGCCGCCGCCGCCGAAAAGACGCCCGAAGGAGCGUUAUGAAGACAACAGCGACAAAUCUGAUAUCCGCAACACGAUUUGGGAGAUGUUUGGAAAGAACCGUGACGAGUACGCUACCAGAGAUGUGUUCAGCGACGACGAGGAUAUGGAAGCGGAUGCGGAUGACCUGGAACGAGAGGAAGCCAUAAGCAUGCGUGUUGCGAAGCGAGAAGACAUGGCCGCCCUGGAGGAGGAACGCCGUCACGAGGAGGAGAAACGCAGGCGCAAGAGGGAAAGGGAACGGGCGCUUGCUCGAGAUCAUUGA